CUUGCCAUAAUUAAUAGAAGGGACACACAAAAGACGCGAUUCAUGCCGUUCGGGGGUUCUCAACUGCAGUUGUCGUAUAAAUUUUUAAUGCAACUAAUGACGCUGGGGGAGGUUUGGGGAGGCAAGUCUGUGCAUUAUACAUUUCAGCGAGCCGCCACUUUGUUCGACGUGCGGCCAAUCAGCCCCAAAAUGCGCGAGGGGUGGCCGCUGGCAUGAAACGGAAGGGUGAGCACGAGCGGAGUGCGCGUUGCUCACAUUCACACCGAGUCCUCAGUCAGUCUGCAGUCGCAGUCUGGCCGCAGCCACCGAGCCGAGCGGAGGAGGCUCGCUCCGCGCCUGCUGACGCGGCAACCCGCGUGAUCGCGACAUGUGGAUCGUGUCGGGGGUGUGCGCCCUCGCGGCCACCCUCGUCUUCGUCAACACCUUCAACGCUGGAUUCGUCUACGACGACAACCGGGCCAUUCUCUCAAACGACGACAUCCGGCCGUCGAGCCCGAUAAGCAACCUGUUCAGCAACGACUUCUGGGGCACCCCGAUGGCGCACGGCGGCUCGCACAAGUCGUUCCGGCCGCUGACGGUGCUCACCUUCCGGCUCAACUACCUGGCGGGCGGACUCGACGCUAGCGGCUACCACGCGGCCAACGUGCUGCUGCACGCCGUGGUCAGCGGCCUGGUUCCGUUGUGGGCCACCUUGGCGCUGCGGCUGCCGCGGAGGACGGCCCUGGCGGCCGGGCUGCUGUUCGCCGUGCACCCCGUGCACUGCGAGGCCGUGGCGGGGGUGGUGGGACGCGCCGAGCUGGGCGCCACGGCCGCCAUGCUGCUCGCCCUGAUCGCCCUGCACAAGGGCAGCGUCAGGGGCGCCUUGCUGCUCUCGACGGCCGGCCUGCUGUUCAAGGAGCAGGGUCUGAUGACGCUUCCCCUGUGCGCCGCCGCCGUUUUCCUGCUGCGGGACCGGCGCGACAAACGCCUCUUAGCCACCCUGGCCGCCGGAUUCCUGGCCCAGCUGGCGCUCAGGGUGGCCGUGAUGGGCGGCCGUCUGCCACACUUCUCCUCGGCCGACAACCCGGCCGCGCACAGCCGCGACUUCCCCACCCGACUGAUGACCUUCCUCCACCUGCCUGUGAUAAACCUGAAGCUGUUCCUGCUGCCGACGGUGCUGAGUUUCGACUGGUCGAUGGACGCCGUUCCCCUCGUCUCGCGGGUCGGCGACGCCAGGAACGUGUCCUCGGCCCUGCUGUACGCCUUCCUGGCGAGCCUGGCGGCAAAAUGCCUGAAUCCGAAGGUGGGCCGCGUACGUGGCAGGGCCGUGGUGAUGUCGCUGGCCUUGGUUGCGCUCACCUACGUGCCAGUGUCCAACGCGGUCGGCUACGUGGGCUUCGUGGUGGCCGAGAGGACGCUGUACGCGCCCUCGAUCGGCCUCUGCCUGCUCACCGCGAUCGGUGCAUCCGAGCUGUGGCGCCGGGCCGGUAGGACACGCUGGCCGCUGGCCGUUUUAGCCGCGUGCUUGCUGCUAUCCUUGGCGGCGCGCACCUGGAUCAGGAACUCAGACUGGCGAGACGAGGAGGCGCUCUACCGAGCCGGCAUCCCAGUCAACCCACCCAAAGCGUACGGAAAUUUGGGCAGCGUCUUGAGUGCCAGGGGCAGGCUUGCAGAAGCAGAGCAUUGCUACCGCCAGGCGCUGCGCCACAGGCCCAACAUGGCUGACGUGCACUACAAUCUGGGUCUGCUUCUCAUGAGCCAGCAAAGAUUGGAAGAGGCAAUAACCAGUUUCCGAAACUCUAUUUCCUUUCGUCCGAGACUCGCAGCCGCGCACGUAAGCCUGGGGGUCGCCUUGGGACAGGCCAAGAGGCACGCCGAGGCUCGGCAGGCGUUUCUGCGCGCCACAAACUUGGACGGCCGCGGCCUCAAGGAUCCCAAGUCUCACGAGAGCGCCAGGAUAUCGGCGCUCUUCCAUUUGGGCCGCCACUUUCUCGAGCAAGACCAGCCGCAGCACGCGCUCACCUACCUGCUUAGGGCCAAAGAGCAGAUGCCGCAACAUUUCCAUCCGCAGAGCAUUUACAACCUGAUUGGCGAGACGUACGGUCGGCUGGGCCAACACGUGGAGGCUGAGCCGUGGUUGCAGGCGUCGCUGGCGUCGAAGCCGGAUCACAUCCCUGCCCACUUGAACUACGGCAAAAUUCUGGCGACGAAUAAAAGCCGGGCGCACGAAGCCGAGUCUUGGUACCGCCGGGCGCUGCACCUGGCCCCGCACGACGCCAACGUUCUUCGCCAAUACGGUCAAUUUCUGAUGCAGCAAGAGCGGCAUGCAGAGGCGGCUGUGUUCCUCGAAGGCGUGGUGAAUUCGAGUCUCGUGCACCGAGGUCAGUCUCAAUACCCUGACCUGGUCAACCUGGCCACCUGCAUGCGCAUUGCCGGAAGACUCGAGCAGGCAGAGCAUUAUUACCUCCUCGCCAGAGAGGCUGAUCCAAAUAACCCAGCUAGUCACAUAAAUCUGGGUGCGAUUCUGCACCUGCAAGCGAAACUGGCGCCGGCUGAGCGGUGCUACCUGCGCGCUUUGGAGCUUUCGCCGGACGACGAGAUCGCCAACUUGAACUUGCGACGCUUGAGGAACUUGACGGAAAAAUCGGUGAAAGUCGCUGACUAAUCGUUUGUGUCGUGAAAAAGUGUUCUCCGUGUUCCUUUUAAAAAUCGAUUGUCAUCUUCCCAAGACUGAUUUAUUACUACAAUUGAAACCUUGUUAGAGUCAAGGGUCCAACUCUAUAAGAAUAUGUGCCUAUAUAAAUUUAUAAAAUGAAAUAGGACGCCAGGUCUGAAGAUAUUACUUUUACUUAAUUUCGAGAGUUGCAAGUGAAAGAAAAUUUAAUUUUUAAAAAUUUGAAACUCGUAUAAAUUUAAUAAAUAUAUCAUCCACCUAAUUUUAACAAAAGAAAACCAACAUUUCCCUUGCCUGCAGGGUAAAAUCUUUUAUUUUGCUAAGAGUAUUCAACCGCAGAUGUUUGAUAUUCCAAAUAAAUGUGAUUUUUUUGCGAAAGCAAUGAUUUGAGAACGUUUGUUGGAAUAUUAUGAAGUGUCCAAUAAAUCCUUGGCAGUGUACG